AUGCCAGCAAAACUUGAGAGCAUGAUGGGCCAACUUCUUUCCCGCAUGUUGUGGGGUAGGGAGUCUACAGGACGCACUGAGCCUCCAGAGCCUCCCACAGAGUCCACCAAGCCUGGAGUGCACCGGCAGCACCUGGGACACGUCUCCAACUUCUUCUCGACACUAAGCCAAACAGAAAUCCUGGAAUACUGCUUGGGCUACGACAAACCUAAUGCUCCUAAGUUAGCAGAGCAGGUGAUCCUGAUCGCACUGAAGUGUCACUCACUGGACAAACAGCCGUAUCCUCUGCUAGAGAUUGGCAUACAUUAUCUCCCACGCCACGUCGCCAAAAAAGAGCUGGCAAAUCCUGGACCGCACAGUCUUAACCUCCUUCGUCGAAUCGCCUACUACCAUAUAAUACUCGAGGAGAACGCGCGUCACGCAAACCGACUAUCAGACCCUCGAGAUGCUGAGAUUAAUCGCUUCGGUGCCACUCGCUUUGUGAACAUGGAUGACGCAAGGAUUGUUCUGGGACAAAUGUUCAGGACGGUAACCAUGAUCGAGUCUCCUGCAGGCAGCAAAUCCUGUGUUCCGUCUCUCUGUCCCGUUGUCAUUCUCAACUACGAUGUACCACAGGUGCCUGCACUACAACUAGCGUUCGAAUUUGAUUAUUCCAUCGCGCAAAGCAUGGUAGCAACCAUCAACACAAAGCGCAUUAAUUGCGAGCUGAAUUGCCCAUGGCGCAGCGCCGAAAUCCCACUAUCUCAGUUGACCCAGGACCUCAAGAUCGAAUCCCCGGACAAGCAGAGCGCCGCUGAUCAAGCUGCCUACGCACUCAUCGACGCCAUACAGCUGGUUAUGCGAUGGAAGAUUCCACGAGCGAAGGAGUCAAUACGGUCCGUUAUCAACACCACGAUGCUGUACAGCCAGUCGGAUGUUCCUUGGUGGGGCGAGAAGGACCUUUGCACAGUGUGCGGAGAACAUGGGCAUAAGCGUCAGAAGUGCCACUGGGUGCAACAGCGGAUGGUGGAAUGCUGGGAAUGUACAUCUGCGAGGAGGCUAUGUGUGGGACAUAUACAUACACCGGAGAUGUGUCCGCAUUUCUCGGUAGAGUACUAG